CCCGGGGCUCCGGCAGCCGAGCCAUGGCGGGGAACUGUGGGGCCCGCGGCGCGCUGUCGGCGCACACGCUGCUGUUCGACCUGCCGCCCGCGCUGCUCGGGGAGCUCUGCGCGGUUCUGGACAGCUGCGACGGCGCGCUGGGCUGGCGCGGCCUGGCAGAGAGACUUUCAAGCAGCUGGCUGGAUGUUCGUCAUAUUGAAAAGUAUGUAGACCAAGGUAAAAGUGGAACAAGAGAAUUACUUUGGUCCUGGGCACAGAAAAACAAGACCGUCGGUGACCUUUUACAGGUCCUCCAGGAGAUGGGGCAUCGUCGAGCUAUUCAUUUAAUUACAAACUAUGGAGCAGUGUUGAGUCCUUCAGAGAAGAGUUAUCAGGAAGGUGGAUUUCCAAACAUAUUAUUCAAGGAAACAGCCAAUAUCACAGUGGAUAAUGUUCUUAUUCCUGAACAUAAUGAAAAAGGAGUACUGCUUAAAUCUUCCAUCAGCUUUCAAAACAUCAUAGAAGGAACUAGAAAUUUCCACAAAGACUUCCUAAUUGGAGAAGGAGAGAUUUUUGAGGUAUACAGAGUGGAGAUUCAAAACCUAACAUAUGCUGUCAAAUUAUUUAAACAGGAGAAAAAUAUGCAGUGUAAGAAGCAUUGGAAGAGGUUUUUAUCUGAGCUUGAAGUUUUACUACUGUUUCGUCACCCAAACAUACUAGAGUUGGCUGCAUAUUUUACAGAGACUGAGAAGUUCUGUCUGGUUUAUCCAUACAUGAGAAAUGGAACACUUUUUGACAGAUUGCAGUGUGUAGGUGACACGGCCCCACUCCCUUGGCACAUUCGAAUCAGUAUAUUAAUAGGAAUAUCCAAAGCCAUUCACUACCUGCACAACGUUCAACCAUGCUCGGUCAUCUGUGGCAGUAUAUCAAGUGCAAACAUCCUUUUGGAUGAUCAGUUUCAACCCAAACUAACUGAUUUUGCCAUGGCACACUUCCGGUCCCACCUAGAACAUCAGAGUUGUACCAUAAAUAUGACCAGCAGCAGCAGUAAACAUCUGUGGUACAUGCCAGAAGAGUACAUCAGACAGGGGAAACUUUCCAUUAAAACAGACGUCUACAGCUUUGGAAUUGUAAUAAUGGAAGUUCUAACAGGAUGUAGAGUAGUGUUAGAUGAUCCAAAACAUAUCCAGCUGCGGGAUCUCCUUAGAGAAUUGAUGGAGAAAAGAGGCCUGGAUUCAUGUCUCUCAUUUCUAGAUAAGAAAGUGCCUCCCUGCCCUCGGAAUUUCUCCGCCAAGCUCUUCUGUUUGGCAGGCCGGUGUGCUGCAACGCGGGCAAAGUUAAGACCAUCAAUGGAUGAAGUUCUAAAUACUCUUGAAAGUACUCAAGCCAGCUUGUAUUUUGCUGAAGAUCCUCCCACAUCACUAAAGUCCUUCAGGUGUCCUUCUCCUCUAUUCCUGGAGAAUGUACCAAGUAUUCCAGUGGAAGAUGAUGAAAGCCAGAAUAACAAUUUACUGCCUUCUGAUGAAGGCCUGAGGAUAGACAGAAUGACUCAGAAAACUCCUUUUGAAUGCAGCCAGUCUGAGGUUAUGUUUCUGAGCUUGGACAAAAAGGCAGAGAGCAAGAGAAAUGAGGAAGCUUGCAACAUGCCCAGUUCUUCUUGUGAAGAAAGUUGGUUCCCAAAGUAUAUAGUUCCAUCCCAGGACUUAAGGCCCUAUAAGGUAAAUAUGGAUCCUUCUUCAGAAGCUCCAGGCCAUUCUUGCAGGAGCAGGCCAGUGGAUAGCAGCUGUUCCUCCAAAUUUUCCUGGGAUGAAUAUAAACAGUACAAAAAAGAAUGAAUUCCACCAGAAGAUAAAGAAAAAAGCAAAUAUUGCGUAGGCACCUGAGCACAGAUAUGACCUUGGGAAGACAUUGGCUCCAUAAGCAAUGCCAAGAGAAUGAUCAAUAGUGAGUUUGGGUGAUGCAGAUAAACAAUCUGGACAAUUCCAUUCCUUUUUUCCAAAACCCUCAAACAGAGUGCCUUAAAAAAUUGUUUUAUCAGGAUAAUUGCCUCAUGACCAAAUCCACGCUCAAUUAGAGCCCUUCGAAAUGCCUUAAGAUCAGGGGUUCUGACUUCAGCCAAACAAAACAAUCAAAACCUACCAAAAAGGGACUGGAUUCUAAUGUCUUCUCCAUCAUCCUCAGUGUGAGUCCUCAGAGCCUCCAUCUGCCGAGAACAUUCAGUUGGAUUCCGUAGUUUGGUUUAGCUUGCUUGCAAGGCUUGUAGGAGAUGUCUAAUUUGUAAAUGUUAAUAGAUACCUUUGGAAAGAAUCACCUUGUUAUUCUGAUUGA